AUGCUUGGAACCUCACCCCGGCCCCCCUUUCUUCCUCCACACCCCUGCCCCACCCAUAGUAGUCUCUGCAGCGGGGUCUCUGCUGGCGGUGUAGCUGCUGGCGGGGUCUCUGCUGGCGGGGUCUCUGCUGGCGGGGUCUCUGCUGGCGGGGGCUCUGCUGGCGGGGGCUGUGCUGGCGGGGUCUCUGCUGGCGGGGGUAUCUGCUGGCGGGGGUCUCUGCUGGCGUGGCGGGGUCUCUGCUGGCGGGGGUCUCUGCUGGCGGGGAUCUCUGCUGGCGGGGGCUCUGCUGGCGGGGGUAUCUGCUGGCGGGGGCUCUGCUGGCGGGGUCUCUGCUGGCGGGGGUCUCUGCUGGCGGGGGCUCUGCUGGCGGGGUCUCUGCUGGCGGGGGCUCUGCUGGCGGGGGUAUCUGCUGGCGGGGGUCUCUGCUGGCGUGGCGGGGUCUCUGCUGGCGGGGGUCUCUGCUGGCGGGGUCUCUGCUGGCGGGGGACUCUGCUGGUGGGGGCUCUGCUGGCGGGGGUCUCUGGCGUUUGCUCCGCCGCCACUCCCUUCCCCUCCUCCCUCUCCCCCCCAAAGCGACCGCCGCUGCACCUGCAAACAGUCGCGACGAGGGGGGAGACGGGCAGGGGGCGGGCGAGCGGGCGGGUUGCGCGGAUGGGUUGCGCGGACUGGGUGCGCAGGCUUCAGUGCAGGCGGCCGCCGCUGGCGUUGUAA